AUGACGUCAGCCCCGUUCGUCAGGACCAACCCACCAACUCAGCUCACAACCACCGUUGACGGCUUCCCUCCCAAGCAUCCAAAUCCCCAAUCUCGCAAUGCCGAGAUGAGCAAAUGCGCCCAGCGAAGCGCAUCGCUCGCCUCCCUCGGCACGCGUCCCAUCCGCCGCCAAUUCUCGUGCAGCCGCCGCCUCUCGCGCGCGCGAGAUCCUCGCAUCCGCGACAUCGGCCGACAAAUCGAGGACGACUACGCCGCCAUCCGCAAACACUACGCAACGCCCAAACACCCCAUCGUUCUGGCCCACGGCCUCCUCGGCUUCUCAGAGCUGCACGUGCCGCCCUUCCCACGCAUCCACUACUGGCACGGCAUCCGCGAGGCGCUCACGGCGCAGGGCGCAACCGUCGUCGCCGCCUCCGUCCCGCCGUCGAGCUCCAUCGCCGACAGGGCCUCCCGACUCGCGGAUGAGAUUACCCGGUCGGGCGUCGACGCCGCCGCGGGCGUCAACAUCGUCGCCCACAGCAUGGGCGGCCUCGACGCGCGCUGGAUGAUUGCGCCCCCCCUCCGGCAGCGCGGGCUCCCCGUCAGGGUCGCCUCGCUGACCACGGUGUCCAGCCCGCCCCGCGGCUCGCCGUUUGCCGACUACGUGCUGCGCGCCGAGGCCGGCCCCUUGUACCUCCCGCGCGUGUACGGGGUGCUCGAGCGCGCGGGCCUCGAGACGGGCGCCUUUGCGCAGCUCACGACGGCGUACAUGCGGCGCGAGUUCAACCCGGCCACGCCGGACGACCCGGCCGUCAGGUACUUCUCGUACGGGGCGGUGGCGGGCCCCCCGCCGCUGCUGAGCCCGUUCCGCGUCCCGGGGAGGAUCGUGGGCGCGGCCGAGGGCGCCAACGACGGGCUGGUGAGCGUGCAGAGCGCGCGCUGGGGCGCCUACCAGGGGACGCUGGUGGGCGUCAAUCACCUCGACUUGAUUAAUUGGCCGAAUAGGCUGCGGUGGGUGGUGCGAGGGUGGAUGGGGAGGAGGAGGUUCAAUGCCGUGGCGUUUUACCUGGGCAUUGCGGAUAUGCUGGCCAGAGAGGGAUUGUGA